AUGGGUAGUGUGUUUGGCGCUGAUUUACAUAGCAGGGAUGAAUGGCGACAGUCACUCAAAGAAAAACACAGUAUUGCUUUGUUUGUCACAAGUGACGUGGAAAUCUUCGGUGAGACAGUAAUCAGUUUCGAUGAAGUGCAGUCGUUGGAUGAUGUCAAGCAAUUGGCGCUGGCAUUUUUGCGCAUCGUGCAAGGAAUAAAUCUGAAGUUUUUGCGCCUUCCAUUCGUUCCUAAAAACUGGAUGUGUUCGGACUGCAAAGCAAUUGUGAAAGCGCAGGAGGCGGAAGAAAAAUGGAAAAAACGACAAGCUGUGAAGAAAGGUAGCAAUUCGUAA